GCACCUGGGCUUACGAUGAGUCAAAAGGAGUUGAGAAUUACAUUUCGAGAGUUGGCAUUAUCUAAAGAUGACUACAGAAAUUAUUUAACCAUGGCGGAGGAUGUGGAGCUCUCUUCACAACAGACUGAAAAAUUGCUGCAAUUUCAGGAUCUGACUGGUAUUGAAGAUAUAGAAAGAUGUCGAAAUAUUCUUGAAUCACAUAAUUGGGAUUUAGAGGUAGCUACACAAGUUACUCUUAACAUGCGAGAAGGUGCUCCCUCAGUUUACAGACCUUUACCUAGAACUCCUCCAUCAGUAGUUGCCAGCCCACCAGACCAAAGAGUAUUUCUUGCUGUUCGAUCGUGGCAGCCUACUGGUUUAUUAGGAUGGAGUUUUUUAUUUAUAUCUUUCCCUUUCCAAUUUGUGUAUUCCGCAUUAGUAAGGUUAGCAAGAUAUGCAUUGAGUUUUAUCAGAGCAGAUCCUCGAAGAACUGUAACUGAUCCUAUUCGAGAUGUUACAACAUUUAUUGAGCAGUUUGAGGAGACGUAUGGAACAGAGCAUCCUAUUUUUUAUCGUGGAACUUAUUAUCAAGCUGUAAAUGAUGCUAAACAAGAUUUGAAAUUUUUGUUGGUAUAUCUUCAUGGAGAUGAUCAUCAAGAUACUGAUGAAUUUUGUAGAACUGUGUUGUGCAAUCCUGAAGUAGUGAAUUUUGUAAAUUCAUCUUUUUUAUUUUGGGCAUGCUCAGUAAACACAUCAGAAGGUUAUCGAGCUGCAAAAUCUUUUGGUACUUAUGUGUUAUUUAAUACUGGAAACUUCAUUUGGCGCAAAGUUUCCCAAGCCUUACGAGAAAACACCUAUCCAUUCCUAGCUGUGAUUGUUUUAAGGGAAAAUAGGAUGACUGUUGUGGCAAGACUUGAAGGGCCUACUGAACCAGAAUUACUUAUAAGACGCCUUCGACUUAUUAUAAAUGAUAAUGAAGCUUCAUUAAUAGCUGCAAGAUUAGAAAGGCAUGAACGUUCUGUCAAUCAGUCUAUUAGGCAACAGCAAGAUGAAGCAUAUAAAGAAUCUUUAAGAGCAGAUCAAGAGAAAGAAAGGCGUCGUCGAGAAGAACAGGAAUUAAAAGCACGUUUAGAAAUGGAGGAACGAAAUAAAAUUCUUGAAGAACAAAGGAGGAAAGAGGAAAUUCGGCGCCAAAAGAUUGAACUUGCAGACCAGAUCCCAGAAGAGCCUGCCGAGGAUCACCCUAGUACAAUUAGAUUAAUGAUAAAGCUUCCAAAUGGUACCCGGUUGGUAAGAAGAUUUAGCAGAGAUGAUUCAUUAAAGUUUUUAUACUACUUUGUCUUCUGCCAUGACGAAUCUCCAGAUAGCUUUCAGAUAGUGACGAACUUUCCCAGAAGAGUUGUGCCAUGUGAGCCUACAGCACAGUGUCCAGAUCCUCCAACAUUUGCAGAAUUUGGUUUGGGGAAAUCUGAAAUGUUGUUUGUGCAAGACUUGGAGGCAUGAAACCACAGUGCAUUCAUUAACUCAUAGAAAAAAGUACUUAAAAUAAAUGUGUGCCAUUCAGGCCAUGGUGGCAUUUGUGUUUUUAUAAAGAGGUAGCUUUUGGAUACAAGGAACAGCAAAAGAUCGAGGAGUUGUUUUUUCUUAAUGUUGAGGAGUUAGAUUGAGUGAAAGGUUGUUCCCCCAUACUGACUGUGCUAUAAAAUUUCAAGAUUUUUCUUUUAUUUAAAUAAAAGUUGAAAAUUCUAUUAAAUGUUCUUUUUUAAUUGUAUGUUUAAUUGUAUUGAUUUUUCAUUAAAAAAUUUGUAUCAUUUCA